AUGGUUUCUUUUUAUGAAAUUCAUAGAUAUGACUGGCCCUACGUCAUUCGGUGUAAGUGGUUUUCUUCCUCUCCUUUAUUCCUACAUGUGGUAGUGCGCCGCUUCGCUUCUGAAUAUCACGUGGUCUUCGCUUGCUAUCUAUCCGUAAAUCUUUUGGAUCGCUACAUGCUCUACAUCUCUUGUCCUCAUUCGUUUCUACCACAAACUCGA